AGGUCCAGGCCCAGGGAUCAUACUUCAGUGAGAUGAGAUAUGUGCUCGACCGAUGGAUCAUGAAGAUCGACGGCGAAACCCACGCCCACCAGUACCUGCUCAGUUAUAGCAUACAAAGUUGAUCGCGAUCGGAACUCGUAACAAGUAUGAAGUGAAAGACUUGUUGUAUUAUGAGGAUGGACCUCAGUACCUUGUCUUGUUCUGAAGCGCAGGAACUGACUACAACUUGAAGAUGGAGUAAGUUAUUCUUAUUGCGAAUUUUUGAAUUUCAAUUUUCGCGUUUUUUUACGUCUCUAAACGUGUCUCAUUCUGGUGUUGAAGAUGUUGCUGGCUUGGCUUGUUGUGCCGAGUGAUUGGUUCUAUUGCUAUUUUCUCUUUCGUCUGUAGUCUAUCUUUGCCUGUGAUUUUCGUUUUAAUAAAUGCCAUAGGGCAAUCGCAAUCAAGCAAAGAAAAAGAAAAACACCAUGACACCGGACGAGAGGAAUUACACAAAAAACUUGAAGCAAAAACUUCCCGCCACGCCUUUCUUCCAGACACAAGUUGUACGCGACCUGUACUCCUGUAUUGCCAGCCCGCACCUGCUCAGCUCCGAAAACCAAGACUACUUGCCGCUGUUUGAAGACAAGUGGGCGGCAAAAAUUGUGCAAAAUGAGGAAGUGCUUGACUGGCUGCAUCGGCUAGAUACAGACAGCGCGACAAACUAUCCGAAUUCGCUUUCAAUAACACGAGGCGCAGGAGGCAACAUCAUAUCACAUUCACAUAAAGAUGGAGACUGCAACGAUCUUCAACAUCGGGAGGAAGAAGAGAACGAGACCGUGGUGAACUCGUUCGGGCAGCAACAGGAGUCCCUGCGCCUGCAGUUGCACGAUGAGGAUGGCCGGAAUUCCUCAUUGUCAUUUUCUAAAACAGAGGACCAGGACCUGGCCUCUUCUACAUCGACGACCUGCUGUACUUCCGACCUAAAUUAUGUGAUCCUGGAGCUGCAAGAUACCGGCACUCGAAAAAGGCAGACCGUGGACUUGAAUACAAGUCGAAGUGGUUCUCAGGAAGAAGCAGCCCUGCGUCAACAUGAAGUGCUAUUCAUGGCCCAAACAAGCGACACGGAGGCUGCUGCAAAGCAAAUCACGGUCCAUUGCGCAGAGGGAGUUACAAGUACAACAGACAAUUCGAAUUGCGAUUGUCGCGGAGCGUCCGACCUGGUAAAUUUUCUGUUGCAGGAGAAGCACCACAUACGCUUGGGUUACUACUUCAGUCGGCUGCUCGAGUAUUUUUUUUCCAACUGCCCCGUUUUUUUCGAGAACUGUAUCUCCAGACGCGAUCUCGGCGACGACGUGGUGCCGAGAUUCCUGUUGAGGACGCGCAGAAACGCUUUUGAUGAUGCAUGCAAAAAUCGGCAGACGAGUCUUCCGCGUCCGUCGGGCGGUCGUUCUUGGGAUUUAUUUGUUCCUGAAGCUUCAAGGUCAAGUGAGGAGGUAAAGCGAGUUGUAGAGCAGCGCGCCUGCAACGAUGUUUCUGACUCGACAAAAAUGAUCCCACGAGCGGAACCACCUGCUGACCAUUCUUCUCGGACGAGCCAAGAAACAACUACGCUGCAUGUCGAGUCUGCUAUCCACUGCAGUAUUGCACCAGAGAUGUCGCGUUUGAGCGAGGACACCGACAUCCCGGCUGCGGCCGACUCGUCGUCCAACUUAAAAAUUCGGCGAGAGGAUGAGCGCUUCGUGCUUGCCGCACGCUCCAACGGCGCCUUUCUGUACGAAAGCCUCCUGUGGCGGUUGUUAGACUACCACGAGCGAAUCCAGGAGGUGCAGGAGAAAUGGAGAGAAAUAAAGCUGAAAACCGACGGUCACAGUGUAGCUACAACAGCGCACCUGGAAAGUGCACUACUCCUGCGCGGUUGGGUAUUUUGGUCCUUUCGCGAUUGGCAGCAAACCGCGUUUUUGUCACGACAGGAGCAAGAAGGAGAUGAGCAGCAAGAUGUGGAUCCGCUAUCCUACGAGUUUCUUGCCCCCGCAGCACAAAAGGGCUCGAAAGCCUUUUGUAGUGGUUUCUGGACGAAGAACUUCGAAACGGAUUUGCGCGAGCUUAAGGACAAGGAAGUAGAUCAUAAACCCUACCGAUGGGUGCUGCUUCUGCACAAGCGCUAUUGGCUGAGCCCGUGCUACUCUCCGGACGGCCAGCAGCUAAAAGGCGACUCGCGCAUCUCGCUUGAUCCCUUGCCUCUGCUAAGCACGGCGAACGCAAUCCUGGCGAUCGCGGAGUACCAGAAAACUCACCCGAGAAACCCGCUCUUCAUCAGCGGCAUGGAAGAACAGCAGGUAGUUUCCUGCGCCCCACAAGACGAAAACAGCAGGCGCGAUGCGGCAGCUACAAGAACGGGAAGCACACCUGCGACGUUCUGGCAAGAGACGAUUCGCGGCGUCGUCCUCCCAAAAAAGUGGGAGACAACGUGCACUUCCUCGAAGAACAACGCGACCGCCGAUUCGACACCUCGACUCGAAGACUGCGACAGCCUCGCCGCAAUACAGCAGUACCUGGGAAGCCUGAUUCUUUCCGACCAUACGAGCUCAACUUGUUCUACAACAAGCAAGGCCAAUGUGACCCAAAGCAGAAACAAGCUUAUUUCGGAGAACGUCGCAAGGUCAAAUACAAAUUCUUGCGCUAAGCAGAAAAAUGUCACCGAUAUCCUGCGCUCUUGCAGAAGUGCAGUAAUUGCCCAAUCCGAUUGCGUCACGGCUCGAGCAGCUGCGUUUCUUUAUAUGCCGCCACGACCUACGCAUCCUUUGGAUGUUCCGUUAGAAGUGCUCGAGGGAAUGGAAAGAGUCGAAGGCAACGGCGAUAUUCAUAUUUCUUCCUCCUGUUCUUCGUCUGAUCAUGCUAAUACAAGUUGUGCGAGCACCAGACUGCCACAAGAACCGAAUAAAUGCUCGCUGUAUUCAUCAUCAUCAGGAAACCAUCAAGCUUGGGUGAAAGCUGCGCUGCACAGUUUGAUUGAGCGGAGACAGAAUCCUUGUGACGCAGACCAGCACGACGGUUCUCAACCGCACGGGAGGCAAGUAGCGCAAUUAUCCGAAGGUUGUACUAGCAAGACAAAGCCUCGGCUUUCUGCGCAUCCGCAUCUGUCCAACUUCAACAGCGCCACGGCUAUCACAUACUUCUUUGCUUGUCUGGAGAAAGCUGGCUUCUGCAUGGCUUCGGAAGCAUUGGGGGUUUUGCUCGUGGAGCUCGAUCGUAUGCAAGAAGGCGCACCACCACCGGCUGCAGACGGAGUCGUGGGCACGAGUGGUAGUCGCGGUUUUGCAAAGAUCGAAUUAGGACACCUCUUGUGCGAUGGCUUUUCACGAUGGCGCCAGGUUCAGACAAAGCACACUGAAUGGGAAGCGCAUCUAGAACAAUUACGAAAGCGAACAACUGGUGACAGAAACAGAAAGGAAAAAAAUCAUGCGCCCGGGUGGCACGCAAAUUUCAUCCAGCUAGUCAUCGCAACAUACAGCGCUACGGUUGCUACGCUUUUGCAGAUGCUGGACGAAGAAAUAACUGCCGGCGAAGCCUGCAAGCAUUUGACUGCACCUGCACCGAAAAAUGUGGAAACAGGCACUAGUUGGGCGGACAUUUGUUCUAAGGCAAGAGCAGUGGGUGGAACAACAUUAUGUGAAAAUGACUUACCUGUGGACGAGAAGGAGAUGAAUAAAAAGCCUUUGUCUUUAGGACUCGGUGAGUUUGUGCUUUCGGAUUUGCGGCUUUCGUCAUUGUCAGGCGGAUGCAGUGCUUCACCUUUCAGCGCGCCGAGCCAUGCAUUUUCCAAUCACCUCGGGCUAAAAGUGCUGGUAAAGGCAUGCCGUGCGCUGGAAUUCGACAUGCCGGUCGAAUUCCAAUUUCAGAACGCCGUGGGCGUCGAUGCUGCACUGGAGGUCUGGCGCAGCAGCACAGCGCUGCUUGCGUCGAAGAUGAAGGCCGAGGCUGAAAAUUUGGACGCCGCUGGAGCACGCACCACAGCGGCUGAAGCUCUGAGUGCAGGAGGACAGGAUCACGUCGUAGAAGCUCCUUGCAACUCCUCCUCUCCACGACCACCUUCAACCGAUAACACCAACGCGUUGAAGAUUGCAACAGAGGGCCUUCGCGAGUUUCUUGGUGCAGUCUGCCCGGACCUGGGAAUCGGUCAAAAAAAGGGCACGGGAAGGCGGGCGAAACGAAGAAAAAAAGCGACAGCUUGUGGCGACCGGGACCGCGCACGCGGAGCGGAGCUUCUUUUCGACAGUGCGGACGAGCACGUCAGGGACGAGCCUGACGGUUUUCGUGAAGACGGUGCUCUGAACAACAGUGACCACACCCGCAACUACGAAAAUGGAAAUGCGGCAUCGGCACCGAGAUCAUAUUUUGCACUCCCGGACACUGUGCAAGUGCUCGACUGCGACCCAGAUUUGACUGCGGCAGACUUCCUCAACUUGGUCGGUACUGGCAAUUUUUCAGACUCCGCGACUCAGACGCUCGAGAAAGAACAGCUGCAAACACAAAAAGUGAUCGCGCUUGAUUGCGAAUGGGGAGGCGGAGGCAGCUGCAGCUCCCGGAGGAGGAAAAACAAGAAAAGCACGCACGAUGGAGACGAUGCAGAAGAUGUUACCGUGGUCCAGCAAGAAACGCGUCUUCAUCCUCAAGUCGAAAACGGAAUCGCACUCGCACAGGUCGCGGUGUCGCAAGAGAAAGUCUUUCUGUAUGACUUCCUGAACCCCGAGCAUUGCAAGGCCUUUCAAACCCAAGUUUUGGCAAAUCUUGCAAGUCAAAAGCUGAUCAUCUUGGGAUUUUCGUUUCAACAAGACUUCCGACGACUGCGAGCUACUUUUAUUGAGCAGAUGAACAAGGCAAAAAAUUCUAUUCCCAUCGCAAGAACUACUAGCAAAGACCGCUCGACGGACCGGCCUUUUGCCAGCGAAGCGACUGACUGUUUCAAGGAGGUCGAAUCGCUCGAAGUUCUUCGCCGACUCGAGAAGCAAGCUGCCUUUGCAGAUGGCAGGCCAGACACCCAGUUCCCGCGUUCGUUGGCGAUCGACUUACAAGGACAGGAUCGACGCACUGGCCUGGCCCGGAAAGCGCGGGAGGAACUUGGUCUUUUUCUCGAUAAGACGCACCAGCGAAGCGACUGGUGCCGACGUCCUCUGACAGAAAAGCAAAGAGCCUACGCUGCUCUGGACGCCUGGAUUUUGUUGCAGUUCAAAAUCAGCGAAGUACCUCCAAGAAGUUGACCGUCGACCAGUCUUCUUACAAGCACAUAUAAAACGCCGACAACAAGUUGUAAAAAGUGACUGAUUUAGUUCGUUUAUUUCUUUCUAGGGGUUCCCUAGCCUAGUCUACCUGUUGUACCUACACGUAACUGCAGCGGCGAACCUGAUUCCAUAUGUAGAUCUAACUAUUUUCAGCGACGAACCUCCCCGAGUAUCUACGAUUAAGAAAGCGACGCAAGAAUGAGGUGAAAUAAAAGAAAACGACAGUGAAAAGCAAAAGGAAGCACAUCGAGCACUAUGCGGACGAGUUGGUUCUUAUGGCUACAU